AUGGCGAGAGAUGACUUUGUUCGUCACUUGAAGUAUCCACCUGGAACACAGACCCGAGCGUGGUACCUGCAAAAAGGACUCCGACGCUCAAUCACCUAUGUCGCCACCUUCUUUCUUGAUAAAGAAAAAGAGGAGGAACCGGAUGUAUUACGCCUGGUAUCCUAUGCUGCAUUUGCUGUGACGUCUUUAAGUCUAGCAAUACAGACUCAAGUCGAAUUUUUCGGGGAAAUCGUAUACUUUUUUGUUGGACUUCUACUUAUAGGACUCAUGAAGAUAAACUGGUGGUUGGCUAUCUUCCCUGGAGCAUGCUUCAGUUAUCUACUCAUUAUUCUUUCUUCAUUUCUACAUGAACUAUCAGAAAAACGCAUCCCCACUCAUACGAAUUCAUCAGCUUCACCAACCUAUAGCGAAACUUCUUAUGUUGAGAAUACCUCUUCUAUCGACUACUUCGGCACUCCAAUGAGUCUACGACAAUUCAGUAAUACCGAUACCGAAACUUCUUUUGUUGAUGAUACCUCUUCUAUCGGCUCUGGCACUGCAAUGAAUCCACAACAAUCCAAUAAUACCGAUACCGGUACUGUUCCUCAUUUAGCGCCUCCACCAGUUCGAAGUGAUGUUCUCUUAGACGGGUUCAGGCGUGCUCUACGGACGCUUAAUGGGUUGGAUAGGGAACUUGCAUGGGAGUUAAAGCGCCCCUUGGGAGAUUACCUUACAGAUAGAAGUGAAGAGGUUCCAGCGGUACUGGGGAACGACUCCAACUUCCUAGUGGAUAGGAUUUCGUCACAGGUACUUGAUGAGCUGAAUCGCUUGAUGAUGAAUUCGACCCAGUUUGACGAUGACUUGAGGAAUUUGGUGGUGGAUGAAUACAGCAGAAGCCGGAAACGGUUCUUGGAGAUAUGCCAGGUGGAAUUACAGUUGAAUGUGCAUAAAAAGAACACGGUGAAGAAGUGGAUUAAAGUUUCCAACAUAACAUUAAGGAUACUAUUUCCUAAUGAACGGAGACUCUGCGAUCGAGUGUUUGGCUCUACGUCUGACAUCUGGGGUGAGUGUUUCAUGCAGGUUUGCUUGGAAUGGGCACGAGAUUUACUGAACUUCGCGGAUCAGGUUGCAAAGAAUGGACUUAAAUAUCAGAAACGUGACUAUUUGCCCCAGCUUUUCCAAGUGUUGAGAGCACAAUGUGAUCUAAUUAUUCCAUCUUUUGAGUUACUGUUUUCUAAUACUGAAAUCAGGGGUGCACUCUGGACUGAAGCAAUCAAAGUUAAAGAAAGACUGUGUAGAGCAAUUAAGGAUUACUUUUUCAUGGGGUUGGAGGAUUUGGCUCACGCAGAUGGAAGAAAAGAGGUAGUCUAUUGUAGUGUUAUAAUUCAUGACAGUACUGUCCAGGUAAUGGAACGCCUCAGUGAUGCCUUCAAAGAAAGAGACACCCUUGGAUUAAUCAUCCAAGAUUACCCCAUAGUUCCUGUAAAGGAGGGAAUGACUUUGCUUGCUAGUCACAUUUCUUGGAUGAUCGAUCUGCUGGAAGCCAAUUUGGAAACCUUCACAGAAAACAGCGAGAAUGCUUCCCUGGGCUGUGUUUACUUGAUCAAUAAUUUUAGUUACAUAGAAAGGAAAGUCCAUGAUACUCAAUUGGACACCAUUUUGGGGCAUAGUUGGCUCGAAGAACAAAGUGUCAAAUUCCAUGGGUACCUCGAGAAAUAUCGAAGAAACUCAUGGGAUACGGUGUUUGGCUACUUGAAGUUGGAUAGCGAGAUCGUGACGGAAGAGUCAAUGAAAGAGAAGAUCCAAUUGUUCAACGAGCACUUUGGCAAAAUGUUUUAUCAUCAUCGUAGAUGGUCAGUUCAUGAUACAGUUAGGGGAAAAGUGAGAAAAUCGGUGAGCACGGUCUUUGUUCCAGAAUAUGGAAAUUUCAUUGAGAGGUUCCGCGAGAUUCUUGGGGAUCAUGCUGAUGAGUACAUCAAGUAUUCAACAUCGGAAAUUGAAGAUUGCUUCACGGUGUACCUAUUUUCUGGAAGUGGAUAUAGUUCGGAUGAUAAUCGUGAUGACGAUGAAUAAGUUGCCAAAAGAGAAAGGAUUGUUACUGGACCGAAAAGAAAAAAAAAAUAUAUCAAGCUUAAUUGUAUCAAAAAUAUUCAGCCUUAGUAUUAAGACAUUGUG